GCCGGACACUGGAAGCCACCAGUUGCCGAUGGCUGCCGAGAUUUCAAGUGCCUGAGUUGUGCAUGCCGCAGUCGGAGCUCGAACUGCGGUGUUUUCCGCCGGUGGCUGUCAGGUAUUACUGGCUUCCAGUGGCUGCCACUGGUCGAUGUCGGUGUUUGAUGGAGGGUGUCGGGACUACGCUGGACGUUGGUGGCUUUUAGUGGCGGCUGGGGGCCUUCGACGGCCUUCGACGGCCGACACCAAAAGCCGGUAGACUACGAAAAAAAUAUAUCUUUUGCUUUGACACCCACUAACAUGUCGACCCCCAUUCAACCCUCAGAGCCAAAAAAUGUUCAAUGGGAACAUGUCGUCGGCCCUAUUAACAACAAGCGCAAGAAAGCCCACCUUCAGGCGAUCACACUCGCCUUGGGCAUCGACGACAACGGCAAAGUUCUGGAACUUGUUGACAGGAUCAACAGGCACAUCAAGGAACACCAUGCUCACCUCUCCAUUGACCCUCGCUUCCAGAAGCUGUUUGUCUAUAGGCCGGAUACAGUUUCAUCAACAAAGGCGGACUCCAAAGAGACUGGUAAAACCAGUGCAGAUAGAACAGCCGAGGACCUUGCUGAACAGCAGAAAGCGGCGCAGGAACCUACCGGAGCACAUAAGAAACUCCUCGAUUUAGGAGUUUCCACCGAUCCUCCCGCGCAGUUCGAACGUCUCGACGCCCACCCUUCAAUCACCGUGGGGCCUCAGGAGUCUCAUAAUGCUGUUGAUUUCUGCUCAUCUCUGAGUCACAGCUCUGAUGGUGAUCUGCCGUCCCCUCGCCCAACGACUCCUACAAAUGAGGUCAAUAAUAUGGAGGACCCUGAAGAAUUAAUGAUGAAGACCGUUACGCCGGUUCGCAUGCAACACGGAAUAGAUAAAUCCGUUGUCGUUGCAUUUCAUGAUUACCAUAACCAUGGUAAACCUGCUCAUGAGGUUUGGCUUCCUGAUGACCAUGGUGUUCCUGUCAUUUGCGAACGUCAGGGUGACGAGGCGGUCUUCACCACGAGGCUCUCAGACUUGCUUCCAGUGGCAAUCGAGCAUGAUACACCUGUCAAAAGUAAAGGUGGACGUCUUUAUCGCGCUGGCUUUACUGCAAGCGGUAGCCGGAUUUCGCUCGGCUCCCUUGACACGAUUCUGCUUGCAGCGAAGUCAAAGCGUGUCGAGGAUAUUCCGAAGACUUUGCGUCUCUCCAAAGUUAAUAAAUAUGCAUUGCGAGAGAAGGAAGCCGAUGAUGUACUUGUCUGUGAUAUUUACCUGGAUUCGAGUUCAUCACAGGAUAUCAUGGCGCCAGCUGUUGUAUCCAAGUUGAACGUUGAUGACAUUGAUGGUAACAACAACGAGUCUGCUUUUGAUUGGGAUGAUACAGGUGACAAGGCAUCUGGCGAACGUGCUACGACUCCCACCGCUACCGAUCACCAUUCAGCUCCAAUGGCAGAAGAAAGCUUUAGCGAAUUUCUGAGAGGUUUCCUUGGUGCUGAGAAAGCAAACAACAAGAAAGCAAAAACCGUUGGUGAUAUUCUUCGCCGACAUCUCAGACUGGUUGCUGCUAUUGAGAAGCUUGAGAAAGCUGAUUGGGCACGUUCCACAGGUGGAUAUCAAGUUCCGAACGAUCACCGGAGUAGAUUCGCCGGGCAGCGGUUUACCAAAGCUGAAGUUCACGAGGCUAUGCAAGUAAAGCACUCGCAAGCCAAUUCCGAUGCAUCUCUUUUCAAAACACGCGAGUUGAUGAAGCUUUCAGAAGUUCAGGCUUGGUUCAACGAACCAGAAGGCAAGUAUAAGAAGAGAUUUGACCUUAUGUCAUUGAAGGAGUUUCAGGAAUAUAAGGCAACAGCCCUUAGCAAGGAAAAGCGUAAGAAGGUGAAGAAGGACAGUGGAAAGGGUAAGAAGUCGAAAGGAGAUGAUCAUGGAAGGGAUGGUGAAUCAUCGAAGGGAAAGAAACGUGCUGAGCGAGAGAGCUCAGUUUCAGAGACGGAACGUGAAGAGCAUACAAAGAAAAAGAGUCGACACAUCAGUAUCAACUCCGAUACUAUUGAUAGUGAUAUUUCCGAGUAGGAAUAACCAUGCUCAUGACAUUGUAGAAUGAAGUAAAUAAAUUACCCAAAUUAGCACUGCCAUCCUUAUGAUCGACAGACCAAAGACUACAC